GUGGGGCGCGGAGGGGUCGCCUGCGGACAGCAGGGGGCUGUCAGGCAUGUCAUCCAUGAUGCGUGCCCUGAGCAUGGUGAAGAGUGGUCAGCCUGUGGACAAAGCUGCCGCGGUCUGCAAAGUCUCGGCCAAGGAGCUGCUGGCGUCGCAGGCGGAGUGGCUGCGCGCUACGCGCCGCCUGCUGACGCCGCCCGAGGAGUGCGUGUUUGCCAGCGGCCUCGUUCAGCUGAUCGAGCUAGGCUGGGAGCUGAACCGCGACUCUGUGCGCGUGCUCAUGCGCUGGUUCUUGCCGCACAUCGGCAAGAAGAGGGCCGAGCGGGUGGUGCUGGAGCGCGAGUCGUGGCAGCAGUGGGUGGGCUGGUUCGAGCGGCAGUGGGCCCGUCUGCAGGGCCGCAUCAGUCGCCUGCCCGGCCAGCCCACCGACGAGUUCCUCGCCGUCGCCAGGGGCGUGCUUCAGCAGCGCGUCAACAGGUGGAGGCGGCUGCCGGCGCCCGCCCGACCCGCCGCCGGUAAGCGCCGACGCCGUGACGGCGACGGGGGCGAUGAUGACGAGGAGGUGCUGUACGAGGUGGACCGCAUCAUGGCGCGGCGCCGCGUCGCAGGCGGCGACGAGUUCCUCAUCAAGUGGUGCGGCUUCGGACAGUGA